AUGGUAAGCCAUAACAAAUUCGCUUACAGGUCAGUACUAGCAUAAGAUAAUCUGAUCCUAAGCAAAUACUCUAAGUAAAGCACUGGCUCCAACAACCCGAAUGAGAACAAUGAUGAUCCCCACCUAAAUUUGAACCUAGGAAUAAAUUCAGUGAUCAUCUCAGCAAUCAUCAUAGCAAUUACAUCCACCAAGAUAGUGGAAAUGAACUAGAUUAAAGCAAGAGAAAGAUCAAUUCACCAAGUAAAAUUAAAUCUUAAAUAUCCUUUUUAAUAUAGAUGCAGCUAAGUAUUCAUAAUCUCCUGCUUCGUAAAUGGACCAUUAAUCAAGGCAGUCGAUAAAAAAACUAGAACUUCAAUCAAAUUUUACCAGGCAUAGCCUGCAACCAUAAAUUCAGAUCUUUAAUUCUACUAAUGGAGGGGGAUCUAUGCUGAAUCCAGUUAGUACAAAAGGCCAGCUUCAAUUUAUACUGGAAGAUUGAGUUAACAACCACAUCCAUCGUCAAUUUAAGAACUAGACUCAUUAAGCAAGACUUUGACAGCAGGGUCAAAGAAAUAACGGAAGACUAGUGUCAAUAUUGGAGAAUUGCAUUUUGAAAAGUAAUUAGUUCAGGAAUUUGAAUACUAUGAGUCAAAUUCAGAGGAGGAUCUUAGUAGUCCUACUCUAGAGGCUAAAUUUUCACAUAGAUUGAGGUAGUAAAGAUAAUCUAUUUCAUAAGCUAAUCAAAUGAUUGACCUUGAGGAGCCUGGAUACAAGCAUAUAGACACCUAUAAGUCCCUUUAGAAUUAUUUUGGCACAAAGCUAAGAUCUCAAUUGGAUCCUAAAAUGAAGCCGUAAACAUUUGAGAUAGAUCAAAAUGGUAUUCCAAUGAGGAAAAAUAAUACUUCCUCUUUCAAGUAGAAUGAAAACAUUCAUCAAUCACACAAAGAUGAAGAUGAUAUAGAUGAGGAUUAGGAUAAUGAUUUGGUGACUCCUGGUAAAAAUGUGAAGUAAAAGAAGAAAAAAAUGGAUGAAGUAGAGGCUGCUAAAUAGUUCAUUUUACAGUCAGCAAAUCCUUUUGGUAUAAAGCUUGAUGCUAAUAAGAGAAGGAAUGGCUUAAUGAAGAAUAAAACUAUCAAGACUGAAAAGCUGAAUGGAGCUAAUGACCUCUUAGGUGAGGAAAGUGAUGACUCUGAGGAGUAAGAAGAGGAAGAUAGCUUGAAAAGUGAUAUAAACACUGUGGAACUAAAUAGGAUGGAUUCUUAGCCAUUUAGAAGUUCAAGAACUGGUAAUAUGAACAUUUAAAGAGGGAACAGUAAGUUUAAAAGGCAGCAGAUGAAAAUAUCGAAGAAACCCAUAAAUGAGGAUAGUAAGUAAAAGCAAAAUAUAGACAGGAAAAAGAGCAGAAUACUUAAAAGGAAGCAGACUUUGUUUAAGGGUGAAAAUGGAGGAAAUGGAUAUGACGAUAAUGAUGUGUUGAAUGAUCAGAUAAUAAAAGAUAGUCAGAAGUUGAGGGACGUAUAUAAGUUCAAAAAAUUUAUUAUUCUGCCAGAUGAUGUUUUUAAAGAAAGAUGGGAGAUAACAAUCAUGCUGCUUCUACUAUUCACAGCAAUAGUCACUCCUUAUAGAAUAGCUUUUACAGACACAGAUGAUGCGGUGUGGUCAGUUAUUGAUAAUUUGACAGAUGGGACCUUCUUUGUUGAUUCAAUCCUUUAAUUCUUUACUGCUUAUCAAAAUAGUGACGAGGAGUUAAUUCACGAUAGAAGAUUAAUUGCUCGGAAAUAUAUCAAAUCAUGGUUCUUGAUUGAUUUGCUGUCUGUUAUGCCAAUAAAUUAUAUGCUAUCCUUUGGGGAUUUUGCUUCCUUAGCCAGACUUGCAAGAUUGCCUAAACUCUAUAGACUAAUUAAGAUGGCUAAGCUCUCAAGAUUGCUAAAGGUAAUUAAGGAACGCAACACUAUUUCAAAGUAUCUUAACGAGGUCCUAAAAGUAUCAGUUGGUUUUGAGAGAUUGUCGUUUUUCGUUUUGAUUUUUGUGAUAUCCGUACAUAUUACCUCCUGCUUCUGGGUUAUUUUAGCAGAUCUUCAAGACAAUGUAUAUGAGACAUGGGUUUAUAGAUCAAAUAUGCAGGACGCCUCAGACUCUGAGUUAUAUCUCGCAGCAUUUUAUUACACAAUCGUAAUAGUUACUACAAUUGGGUAUGGUGAUAUCACUGUAAGAACGCCAAUUGAAUAGGUCUUUUGUAUUAUGCUAUUAGUUGUUGGAGUAGUCUCUUUUUCAUUCGCUAUUGGUAGUUUAUCGUCAAUCUUAUCAAGUCUUGAUGCCAAAGCUGCUAAACUUAAAGAAAAGUUAUAAAUACUCAGUGAAAUCUAGUCAGAGUACAAGAUACCAUAUGACUUGUUUAGGAGACUUAGACUAGCUUUAAGAUACGAUCAUUCCAAGAACUCUUAGGAAUAGCUAAACUUUUUGAAUGAGUUGCCUUAAAAUCUUAAGGUUGAGCUAUCAUUGGUGAUGCACUCUGAACUAAUCAAAUCAGUGAAAUUUUUCAAAAAGAAAGAGCCACAUUUCAUUGCCUUCGUAGGACCAAUGCUAAAGCCUAUCAAGGUUGAAAAAGAUCAGUAUGUUUAUAAAGAGGGUGAUCCCAUUGACGAAAUUUACUUCUUAGUUUCUGGCCAGGCUGGCUAUGCACUGCAUUAGCAUGACAAUUUAGUCUAUUUGAUAAUUGACAAAGGCUAUUAUUUUGGAGAAAUUGAUUUCAUUCAUUUUGAUGAAAAUGGUGAGACUGAUGGCAAGAGAAAAUUCUCAGCUAAAGCUAUUGAGGAUUGUGAUCUAUUAGUUCUUAACAAGCAUGAUCUGUUGGAAGCAGAUUAAGAAUUCAAUGAUGUAUUUACUGAGCUUUUUAAGAAUGCAAUGCAUAGGCUUAAGCGAACUAUCAAGAUUAAAAAGGACUCAAUUAAGUUUUUUGAAAAAUAAUAAAAGCUUAGACAGCAUUUUCAUGAAGAUGGUUCUUCACACUAAGAUGGAGAACCUUCUGAGAAAAAAGUUUUUAGAGCUAGACUCUCUUAGGCUCCAAAAACCAGAUCAGACUUUUUAUUUCUUCAAUAGAAAACCGAGAAGUUCAAUAAAAUUAGAAAGCAGUAGGGAAUAAACUAAACUCCUAGUCUAUAAAACUAAAAAUCAUUGAUGCUUAAUAUGCAGUAGAUUGAUGAUGGAGAGCUUGAUAUAGCUUUGGGUACAAGCAGCGAUUCGCAGCAUGAGAAUUAAGAGACGAACCUAUAGAAAAGAAUAAGUAGACACGAUAGUAUUUUAAUGAGCACUUUGAACAAAAGCGACAGAGUUAAUAAUGAGAUAAUAAUGAAAACUGCAAAUUUUCUAAGUAGAUAGAAUUCUAAAUUCAGUUAGCUAAGUAAAAAUAUCAAGUAAUUUGAAGAAGAUAAGGAGAAUAACUCAAACACCCUUCAUAGUAAUAAUGAUUUGGUUAGUCAAACCUCAGAGGAAGAGAAAAAGCCUUAAUCUAUUCGAAAUAAGAGAGACUCAGUUUUGACAUUGGGUUCGAUAGCCAAGAGUCAAGGAAUAAUUUUCAGAAAGGGGACAUAAGAUAAGGAUAUAGGGGUAAUAUAGAAGCAGAAAACUAAAACUCCUUCCAAUGCUCAGCAGCUAGUUUCAUAAGCCAUUCAUGGGCAGGAAAAGCUAGCACCCAGCUCAAACAAAGUGCUGAAUAUGUUUGCCUAGAGAAUUCAUGCUAAUAUUGGAAAGAACAGCAUAAGUUCUGCAAACAAUAAUAACAAUGAGCAAUAAGUAAUGACUGAGUCAUCUGAUGAUAAGCAAGGUGAACUUAGAUGGAAUGUACUAAAAACAGCUCUGAACAAGAAAGUGCAGCUAGUCAAGCAAAACCAGUUCUAAGCUCCUAUCUCCACUCAUGGUAAUUAGAUUCAAUUAUUGAGAUAAGGUUCAAAUAAACAUAUACUUCAGUAAAUGGUAUCUCACAAUAGAGAAUCACUAAGCAGUCAGCUUUAAUAGCAUUAAUAAUAACUACAAUAGCAAUAGCAGGCAAAUUAGUAACAGUAGCAGUAAUAGCAGUAGCAGCCCUAGCCAAUAUUCAAUUAAUUGCUAGCUUUUCGAGGCGAUUCAAAUAACAUCAGUACAAAUUUUAAUUCUCAGGCUGUAAGUUAGAGAGAUCAUAUCCUGCAGAUUUAGGCAAAUAACAAGCAGAUGUUUGCCUAAGUUAAUGAAAGGAUAGAUAAAUUUGAGAAUACCAUUGAUAAGAUUAAUAAUCUCAUUUAGUUACUACAGACUAAUCAGCAGGCGAAUCAGUAGCAUACGGACAAUAUUAAUAAGACAAUGACUAACUUCGCUAACUCAAUUAGUCUCAAUACCACUAGUGCGGCAGUGGCUGCAGUUGGUCAGCCUAAUGUCACUAGUUAAAGCAUGCAUCAGAAUAACAAUAGCUCAAUGAAUAUGGAUAACCAAAAUCACCCCAUUCAUAAUACUCAUUUCAAAGAAAUGAUAAAGAAGGUUCUCAAGGAAGUAUAUAACUAGAAAAACAAUUAAAAUGGAUCGAAUGGAUAAUCUCAAUAAUGA